AUUCCGAGGGUCCCGCUAGUGCGGGACAGACGCCUCGGUCAGUCAGAGCCCCUGGUGGAGAGCGGAGACGUCGAGCUGCUCGCGUGGCUUUCCCCGGCCACGCCAGUACCCGGCGGGGGAGGUGGACACCCGGGCCGCGCCGACCGCAGGGCCCCUCCGCGCCCCACAGCUCCCGAGUCCACAGCAAGGCCUUGACCUUCGCGCGGGGAUCGUCAUGGCGUCCCAGCCGAAUUCUUCCGCGAAGAAGAAAGAGGAGAAGGGAAAGAACAUCCAGGUGGUGGUGAGAUGCAGACCAUUUAAUUUGGCAGAACGGAAAGCUAAUGCCCAUUCUGUAGUAGAUUGUGAUCAUGUACGAAAAGAAGUUAGUGUACGAACUGGAGGAUUGGCUGACAAGAGCUCAAGGAAAACAUAUACUUUUGAUAUGGUUUUUGGAGCUUCUACUAAACAAAUUGAUGUUUACCGAAGUGUUGUUUGUCCAAUUCUGGAUGAAGUUAUUAUGGGUUAUAAUUGCACUAUUUUUGCAUAUGGCCAAACUGGCACUGGAAAAACCUUUACAAUGGAAGGUGAGAGGUCACCUAAUGAAGAGUACACUUGGGAGGAGGAUCCCUUGGCUGGUAUAAUUCCACGUACUCUUCAUCAAAUUUUUGAGAAACUUACUGAUAAUGGUACUGAAUUUUCAGUCAAAGUGUCUCUGUUGGAAAUCUAUAAUGAAGAACUUUUUGAUCUCCUUAACCCAUCUUCUGAUGUUUCUGAGAGACUUCAGAUGUUUGAUGAUCCCCGUAACAAGAGGGGAGUGAUAAUCAAAGGUUUAGAAGAAAUUACAGUACACAACAAGGAUGAAGUCUAUCAGAUUUUGGAGAAGGGGGCAGCAAAACGGACAACUGCAGCAACUCUGAUGAAUGCAUACUCCAGUCGUUCCCACUCAGUUUUCUCUGUUACAAUACAUAUGAAAGAAACUACAAUUGAUGGAGAGGAGCUUGUUAAAAUUGGAAAGUUGAACUUGGUUGAUCUUGCGGGAAGUGAGAACAUUGGCCGUUCUGGAGCAGUUGACAAGAGAGCCCGGGAAGCUGGAAAUAUCAAUCAAUCCCUUUUGACUUUGGGAAGGGUUAUUACUGCUCUUGUAGAAAGAACACCUCAUGUUCCUUAUCGAGAAUCUAAACUAACUAGAAUCCUCCAGGAUUCUCUUGGGGGACGUACAAGAACAUCUAUAAUUGCAACAAUUUCUCCUGCAUCUCUCAAUCUUGAGGAAACUCUGAGUACAUUGGAAUAUGCUCAUAGAGCAAAGAACAUACUAAAUAAGCCUGAAGUUAACCAGAAACUCACCAAAAGAGCUCUUAUUAAGGAAUAUACAGAAGAGAUAGAGCGUCUGAAACGAGAUCUUGCUGCAGCCCGUGAGAAAAAUGGGGUGUACAUUUCUGAAGAAAAUUUUAGAGCCAUGAGCGGAAAACUAACUGUUCAAGAAGAACAGAUUGUAGAAUUGAUUGAAAAAAUUGGUGCCAUUGAGGAGGAGCUAAAUAGGGUUACAGAGUUAUUUAUGGACAAUAAAAAUGAACUUGACCAGUGUAAGUCUGACCUGCAAAAUAAGACACAGGAACUUGAAACCACUCAAAAACAUUUACAAGAAACUAAAUUACAGCUUGCUGAAGAAGAGUAUAUUACAUCAGCUUUGGAAAGUACUGAGGAGAAACUUCAUGAUGCUGCCAGCAGGUUGCUUACCACAGUUGAAGAAACUACAAAAGAUGUAUCUGGUCUCCAUUCCAAACUGGAUCGUAAGAAGGCAGUCGAUCAGCACAAUGCAGAAGCUCAGGAUAUUUUUGGCAAAAACCUGAAUAGUCUGUUUAGUAACAUGGAAGAAUUAAUUAAGGAUAACAGCUCAAAACAAAAGGCCAUGCUAGAGACUCACAAGACUUUGUUUGGUAACCUGCUGUCUUCCAGUGUCUGUGCAUUAGACACAAUUACUACAACAGCACUUGGAUCUCUCACAGCUGUUCCAGAAAAUGUGUCUAUACGUGUUUCUCAGAUUUCUAAUAUGAUAUUAAAAGAACAAUCAUUAGCAGCAGAAAGUAAAACUGUACUUCAGACAUUGAUUGAUGUACUUAAGACUGACCUUCUAAAUUCACUGGAAACGGUUUUAUCCCCCACGAUGGUGUUUAUACUGAAAAUCAACAGUCAACUAAAGCAUCUUUUCAAGACUUCAUUGACAGUGGCUAGUAAGAUAGAAGAUCAGAAAAAGGAAAUGGAUAGCUUUCUCGGUACACUGUGUAACAAGCUACAUGAACUACAAGAAAAUACAGUUUCUUCCUUGGCUGAAUCACAGAAGCUAUGUGAAAACUUAACUGAAGACCUGAAGACAAUAAAAAAAAUCCAUUCACAGGAACUUUGCCAGUUACUCAAUCUUUGGGCAGAGAGAUUCUGUGCCUUGGAGGAAAAGUGUGAAAACAUCCAGAAACCACUUAGUAGCGUCCAAGAAAAUACAGAACAGACAUCUAAGGAUAUAAUCAGCAAAACAACCUCUUAUAGUACACAAUUUUGUGCUGAUUGUGAUGGCUUGUCACAGGAACUCAGACACUUUAACCAAGAAGGUACAAAAUUGGUUGAAGAGUCUGUGAAACACUGUGAUAAACUCAGUAGCAACCUUGAAGUAGUAUCUCAAGAGACUGAACAGAAAUGCGAGGCCCUGAACGCAAGCACACUUUCUUUUUCUGAACAGUGGGUAUCUUGCUUAAACGAAAGGGAAGAAGAACUUCAGAACUUAUUGGAGGUUGUAAACCAAGGCUGUAAGUCUGCAAGUUCAGAGAUAACUGAAAAAUUAAAUGGACAUAAAGCAGCUAAUGAGAACCAGCGUAACAUUUUUUUUGGUCAGAUAACUACUGAUGAAGAAAAGUUAAUGGCACAAAGUCUAGAACUUAACGAAACCAUAAAAAUGGGUUUGACUAAGCUUAAUUGCUUUCUACAACAGGACCUGAAACUGGAUAUCCCAACAGGUACGACACCACAGAGGAAAAAUUACUUCUACCCAUCAACACUGGUGAGAACUGAACCACGUGAACAGCUCCUUGAUCAGUUGAAAAGGAAGCAGCCUGAACUGUUAAUGAUGCUAAACUGCUCAGAAAACAACAAGGAAGACAUCAGUCAGGACUUGGAUGAAGAAAAGUCAGUUCUCGGGCACUCUACUGAAGAACCUCCGGGUCAGGAGCCAUCUGUGGAUGCUAGCGUGGAUUGUUCAUCAAGUGGUGGGAUUCCGUUUUUCCAGCGUAAAAAAUCACAUGGAAAAGACAAAGAAAACAGAGGCAUUAAUUCAGUGGAGAGGUUUAAAGUGGAAGAAACUACAGAGCAUUCUGUUACAAGGAGCAGACUACCUCUACGAGCCCAGAUAAAUCUUUAGUUAACUUGAGGGAUUGGUGAUUCUAUUUCUAAGAAAAAUGAAAAAUAAAACCUAUAACUCCAGAA